CAGCCUGUGGGCGUGGCAGCUUCGGAGGAAGUUGAUCUGUGUGAGGAAAAUGGUUUUCCAUUUCUGAGUGGUCAUCACGUGCCUCCUACCAUUGCAAGAAAGGUCAUUACAGUUCCAAGUCCAAUUGGUUUGCCGCAUGCGAUCUCCAGCUCAGGAGGCAGAAUGCCGUCAGCAUCUCCUCCGCCCACAGGCAAUCAUCACAGUAACCAUACUGGCUAGGCUAGAGGGUUCUCCUAUCGCGAGUGCGCCCAUCGUUGACAGUGCGAAUGCGCGAGAGUCGAAGUCGGUGUGCAGGUGGAUGUGGGCCGCGGAUGGAAGCGCAGCAUUUCCUUUCAGGUGAAACCCUCAAGAGGCGAAAGCCGCAUAGCCUUGAACGGAGCUUGUGCCGUAGUGUUGGCCUUUCACUAGACGGCACCGUGCCGAGGCCAAAAUGUCAAAACAGUUAUCAGAGCCAGAGCGUCGUUGUGAUGGGCUUGCGCAAGAUUCGCUUUAGCAAUUAGCCAUUCUCAGCUAUCUAGUACUAGUCAGUAGAGCCGCCAUGCCGCAUUCGUCAGAAGCGAUCACUUCGCCGUCCCAAUCCCAAUCCUCGUCGCUCGCCGUCAAGCCGUGGUCCGCAGAGGAGGACGCGGUUCUGCUGCGCCAUGCGCUGCAUUGCGGCACGAGGCAGUGGGGAGAGUUGGGGAGGAGCGGUCAGCUGAAGAGAAACAACAAGUCGUGCUGUAAUCGUUACAUCUUCCUCAGAAGGAAGUUCGUCCAACGCUUUCAGCAGAAUCUCCUGCGAGAGCAGCUGGGAGGCGCUGCAUUUCCUCAGCACAUAGCCUUGGAGGCGCACAGCCAGCUGCUGCUGAGGCGUGACGGCCAGCAGCAGCAGCAUCAGCAGCAGAAGCACCAGCACCAGCAGCAGCAAUACUGGCACCAACCGCAGCCGCAGCAGCAGGGGCAGCAGGGUGGCGUGGGUUCACCCGGGUCGCAAUCGCCUGCUCUUACUUUCGGCGGGCUGUCGUUUGAAGAGUGCAGGAGCGUCUUCCUCUCACCCAAUGCGCGCCCACUAACAGCCCAGGCGAGCCUCGCGUCUGCCAGCACUGCUGCUGCCUCCAAUGCUGCUUUCCCCGGUGCCUCUUUCUCCAGUGCCUCUCUCUCGGGUGCGUCUCUCCCUGGUGCCGCUGCUGACUCCAACGCUCCUGCUGUGUCCAACGCUGCUGUGUCCAAUAUUGCUGCGACCAGUGACCGUGCUUCUGAUGCCGAUGCAGUGGCGAGUGGAGCGAUGAUCUCCAGUUCAGCUGCCCUCAGCCUGCCCAUGAAGCGACCCACGGAGGACUGGCGAGGCCCUACGCCUGACCCACUGCUGCCAGGCCGAGCUGAAAGGUGGGCCGGCUGCAUAUUGAGGCACUCCCAGUCGUUGGAGGAGCGUUUUCAGCUGCAGGGGUCGGGGAGCGGUCUCCUCGAUGAUCUGCUGCUGGAGGCGCAUCGCCACCAGCGGGGCGGAGGGAGCAGCCGGCAGCAGCGGGUGGUGUGGCCUCGCGUGGAGUCGGAGAGCGCCCUUCCAGACGAUGGGUUUCUGGGAUUCAGCAGCCAGGACCCUGGCUUCAUCAUACAGGUUGCAGCACUGCCAGCUCCAUUGCUCAACCAGCUCCCUCUCCUACCUGAUUCCGCUGGGGGGGGGUUGAGCACCUGCCUUGGACAGAUGUUCUCAGUUGGAAAUAUUUCUGCAAGGCAGGAGCUGAUCCCGCCCAUGACCGCAUGCAGUGCGAUGCCAGAAAGCGACUCUCUUCCCCUCCCCACCCCUGCACCUCACCAGUGGUUGCCUGGGCCUGGGCCCCCUGUGCCCAUGCCUCGCCUGCCAUCCGCCUUAACCCCGUGUACUUUCUCCCGCCUCCCCCUCGCGAGUGAGCCUCAGGGACGGGCGCAGGCAGUCACAGGUGCUGGGGCAUUCGAGGCGACUAAAAGGCCAGCCCUGCCAGAGUGGGCGAUCGUGCCGGGAGGGAGGGGGGAGGGAGUUCCUCAGACGCACAGGCACCAGCAGCGGCCGGUCGUUCCUCAGCGCCUAGAGCUCCAACCCAUUCCCUCCAUCGCAAAAAGUGCAACGUUCACAGAUCGUUUUCACCAUUCGAGCUCGGGCAUAAAGUCGGAAAUCGUCCGCCAAGUGUUCGCCAAAUGUUUUUUUCUCGUUUCUUUGCACGUAAAUGAUUCGCGAGUCUUCUGCGGAUGGGAUGUUAUGCGAAUGAGUUGUUUUGUGAAUGUUACACCUGAAUAAUAAACAUGUUCCCAUGGCUUAUAU